ACCUGGCUUUUAUCCCCUUCUUUAAGGAUUAGAACUCUCACUACAUUUUUUACUUUACAUUUUAGUAUGAAUUCCCUUGGUACCCCUCUGUACUCCCUCAGUGCUCAAAGGUAUUCGAUUCAGAAGCGAGAAACGAAGAAGUCAAUUCGAAGAGAGAUCCGAAUGCUUAGUGCGGAAGAACGUCAAAAGUUAUGGAAUGCGAUGAAUGCUCUGAAAGAAACGAAGAUUGAUAAUAUAACCGUAUGGGAUCUGCACACGCUCGUUCACUAUCCGGACAGUGCGCCAGGCGCUCAUUGGGGACCGGCUUUUCUCCCAUGGCAUCGUGAAUUCCUACGUCAAUUCGAGGUCGCCCUUCAGAAUGAAGAUCCAUCGGUUUCCCUGCCGUAUUGGGAUUCGACACUGGACCAAGGCCUACCAGAGCCAUCAGAUAGUGUGAUGUGGAGCGAUGAGCUGCUUGGAAACGGUAAUGGUUAUGUGAAGACGGGUCCGUUCAAGAAUUGGGACACCAACGUUCUGAUGCCAUUGAGUCAAAUACCCGUGAAGAAACUUUACAGAUCCACUGGUGGUCGAGAACAAGAUCGUCUACUGACACCGCGUGAUAUCGAAUGGAUAACAUCUAGAAAGAACUACAGCCAGCUAACGUUCUGCCACGACAAGACGUUUGAAAGUAUGCAUGGCCUUAGUCACGUGUGGGUCGGAGGAUUCAUGUUUGUCAUACGGGUGAGCCCGAACGACCCGAUGUUUUAUCUUCAUCACGCUUUCGUCGACUAUUUAUGGGAGCAGUUUCGACGGAAACAACAAACUCCAGAACAAAGAGAAACACAGUGGGCUAAGGACACCUGCAAUUCAUUACAUGGAUACGACGAGCAGAUGAAACCGUUUCGUCUCCAGAAUCGUGACGGACUCAGUAAUCAGUACACCAAUGAAUGUUAUAGGUAUGAUUACGAACCCGUGAGGCACUGUAACGCAUCGAAACCGGACUGUGAUUCCCCUUACUACUGGUGUGAUAUGAGGGCAUGGCGUUGUCGAAGUAAGGUGGUGCUUGGCGGCAAUUGUACUGGCUUCGAAGGAACAGGAAUAUGUUACAACUCGGCCUCCUUGCAGAAUCGCUGUCAACUGCCACCGCGAUUACUGCAGUCAAUGCGAAGUCGCAAAUCAGCUGAUCCACCAACGGGUGAUUAUGUAUGGACCAAAACGUUGCUUAUAGACCAAAAUGGCAAAGGUGUUCAUGAUGAUCUUGCUCAUGUCAAAAUUAUGAAUCAGAUCACCGGUGAAAAUUCAACGGCAUAUCUGCAGAGUGAACCACAGUAUCCGGAAAUCGAUGGUAUUAUCUACCUGCCCAUACCAAAACCACGUGCUGGAAUGAUUCAAGAGGUGUCGCUCGAAGCUCGUGAUGGUUUUGGGCGAUAUUGUCAAGCGCACUGCUACAACGAAACCGAGGAACGCUAUCAGGUUUGCCAGCCAAAAAUGAAAGUUGGUAUACGAGCAGAAUCGUCAUCACCUCUGUCCUACACCCACUCGAUGACAUCUAGACGGUUCCUGGAUGUAGACCUAUCUGUGCAUCCUCGCCAAGUCGUGAUCUCUGCUCCAUUUAUUGUGUUCGCCUGCUCAAGAAAGUUGAUGACGUCGACGAUGAUCACUUCGUUGGCGGAGAAUACUCGACCGCCAUCCUCACGUGAGCCGUAUGUAUGGUUCCGAGUAGCCGUCCAUAAAAAGUGUUAUACCAGUUGCUUUCAGAUUGAAGUUGCUCCAACAUCUGGAAAGAAAUGGUCGUCCCUGGUACGGAAAGCUGCUUCACCAUUCGAUCCGAAUCUCGUUUUUGUGCAGGCUCCCAAUCCCGAAAUCAGCAGUGGUGGUGGGGUUCAAGUGACAGUCAGCAUACUCGAAGAUGGUACCAGAAUCAAGUGCACCACUAAGUGCACACAAAAAGACGGCUCUGUCCAUGACUGCAAUGGCACCGUUGAUCUGCAUUCCGAUCCGGCUCUUUCUCAAGAAGACGUUUUCACCACUGAUCAAGGUGCUCUUCAUCUACUCGGAUGGAAUAUGCGUGGCCAUCCGGCUCAAUGGCGUCACAAAGUACCGUAUCUUUCCUUCACUUGCUAG